AUGAGAGUUUUGCCGGCUACUUUGCUGGUCGGAGCGGCCACCGCGGCCGUUCCCCCUUUCCAGCAGCAGUUCCAGCAGGUCCUGGGCAUCCCGCAGGAGGAGGUUGAGCAGGCCGCUCCUGUUGCUCCCUCCGCUCCCACUACCCCCAAGCCCCUUCAGAUCUUCCAGGAUCAGCUGAAGUCCCUCUCUGAUGAGGCUCGUAAGCUUUGGGAUGAGGUCUCGAACUUCUUCCCGGAUUCCAUGGACCACAACCCUGUGUUCUCCUUGCCCAAGAAGCACACCCGUCGGCCCGACUCCCACUGGGACCACAUCGUCCGUGGCUCCGAUGUCCAGGGCGUCUGGGUGACUGGCGCCGACGGUGAGAAGCAGCGUGAGGUUGAUGGCAAGCUGGAGGCAUAUGAUCUCCGUGUCAAGAAGACCGACCCCAGUGCCCUCGGUAUCGACCCUGGUGUCAAGCAGUACACGGGUUAUCUUGAUGACAACGAGAAUGAUAAGCAUCUGUUUUACUGGUUCUUUGAGUCGCGUAAUGACCCUGAGAAUGACCCCGUCGUUCUGUGGCUGAACGGUGGUCCCGGUUGCUCUUCUCUCACCGGGCUGUUCAUGGAGCUUGGACCCAGCAGCAUCAACGAGAAGAUCAAACCCGUCUACAACGAGUACUCUUGGAACUCGAACGCGUCCGUGAUCUUCCUGGACCAGCCCGUCAACGUCGGAUACUCCUACAGUGGCUCUGCUGUUAGCGAUACCGUUGCCGCCGGCAAGGAUGUCUAUGCUCUGCUCACCCUUUUCUUCAAACAAUUCCCCGAAUAUGCGAAGCAGGACUUCCAUAUUGCUGGCGAGUCUUACGCUGGACAUUACAUCCCUGUCUUUGCGUCUGAGAUCCUGUCUCACAAGAAGCGCAACAUCAACUUGCAGUCGGUCUUGAUUGGUAACGGUCUGACUGACGGCUACACUCAGUACGAGUACUACCGUCCCAUGGGCUGCGGUGAGGGUGGAUACCCUGCCGUUCUGGACAAGGGCACCUGCCAGUCGAUGGACAACGCUCUGCCUCGUUGCCAGUCUAUGAUCAAGUCCUGCUACGAGUCGGAGAGCUCCUGGGUCUGCAUCCCUGCCUCCAUCUACUGUAACAAUGCCCUGAUCGGCCCCUACCAGCGCACGGGCCAGAACGUCUAUGACGUCCGCGGCAAGUGUGAGGACGAAAGCAACCUUUGCUACAAGGGUAUGGGUUACGUCAGCGAGUACCUGAACAAGGCCGAAGUCCGUCAGGCGGUCGGUGCUGAAGUCGAUGGCUACGACUCGUGCAACUUUGACAUCAACCGGAACUUCCUGUUCCACGGUGAUUGGAUGAAGCCCUACCACCGUCUGGUCCCUGGUCUCCUGGAGCAGAUCCCCGUGCUGAUCUACGCCGGUGAUGCGGACUACAUCUGCAACUGGCUGGGCAACAAGGCCUGGACUGAGGCGCUCGAAUGGCCAGGUCAGAAGGAGUAUGCCUCUGCUGAGAUGGAGGAUCUCGUGAUCGAGCAGAAUGCCAACACCGGCAAGAAGAUCGGACAGGUCAAGUCUCAUGGCAACUUCACCUUCAUGCGGAUCUACGGCGGUGGCCACAUGGUUCCGAUGGACCAGCCUGAGUCUGGCCUGGAGUUCUUCAACCGUUGGUUGGGCGGAGAGUGGUUUUAG